AUGUCCAAAAAAUACGACGUGCACCACACAUUCGACAGCCGAGGAGACCACCAGCGCCCCAUCACCAGCGCCGACAUAAGCGACUACAUCCCCCUGCAAGCCGGCCGCGAAAAUGAAAGCGCACCCACCCCCUUCGACGUACUCGAAUGGCUCUCCGUCUUCUACGGACAGAAAGUUCCUCCGCUGCCCGUGAUUCGCAUGCGGGAUCUCGAAGAAGUUCCCGAUCAGCGACUCCAGGAAACCAUAGAAGAUUAUCAACUCUUUACCCCGACGGUGAGGGGCGUAAGAUUAAACCCCUUUACUGAGAUUGGGAUUGAGGGGUUUCCACUGAUCGAAGAUACGAUUUUCAAUAUCGUGCGAAGCUAUCCGGCCGAUGAACAGUAUCAGGGUCCGCAUAAUUUGAUUUGGCUGGUGUCGAAUUCAUAUUGGAGAGCGGUGGCCUGGGCCAUGUACGGUAACUGGGAACUCUGGCCACAAGUAAAAGCCCAACACCGCAUGAUGUUUGACCAAGUACUCGCCACCCCCAAGCAUCCCCGACACACUCUCUACCGGAACCUAAACGACAAGCGCAAAGGCCACAACAACCUCAACAUCAAAGAGCGUCUCGGGAUUCCCUACUGCGCCAUCCGGCACGACGACAUCCAGCAGGUCACCGCCGACAUGUACGGCAUCUUCCUCGUCAUAUUCACCUGUCGCCCGGCAGGGCAAGCCGUGAACAUCCCCGGCUUCGGCACCGACCAAUCCCCACGGCACUUUGCGCCGACCAUUCGCGGCGAGUUCGGCCGUCCGCACAAAUUCAUCCGGCUCUCCAUCGGCACCGUGCCCGAAAAAUACAGACAAUAUCCCGACGCGAGUCUGCUGCCACUGUGGCAGAUGUACGAGCCAAUGAUGCUCAACAUGCCGAAUUUUCGACACUCGGAUUUCAAAUACAUACGUCCGACGUUUGAAAAUACACGAGAAUCAUUACCCAUGGCUGCGUCCAUACGGCCGACGGAUUUCAACGGGGUAAAUCAUCCGUGGAGGGCAGUGAAUGUUCCCUGGGGCCAAUGGUUUGGUGUUCAACAGAAGGGACUUCCAGAUGCGCUUACACAGCCUGCGAAUUGGCCCGCGGCCUUUCCGCAUAAAGCAAUGUCCCUGACGAUUGCGAUGGGAUGUAUACUUUUGGGAAAGGGAGAUCCGAAGGAUCCAAGGUCUUGGGCUCAUGAUUCACGUAAGAUCAUAUGGAUAAGACCGGACAAGACAAAGAGAGCGCAAGAGGCAGUGGAAGAAAGUCCAGUAUUGUAA